CUUGACUCCCGCGUGUGAAUCUUGAGCGAAUCUCACUCUGAGCAUCACCUCCUAUUAUUCAGUCGAACUUUGGUUCUGAUAUAGAACCUCAAAUUGAGCUAUCCCUCUCCAAGACGGAUGAUCUGUCUCCACCUCCACCCUCAUAACUCAUCCGCGCGAGCGCUGAGCAAAAUACCAUGGCAACCAUGCAGUCUCCCGAAAUUUCGUCUGUCGCCUGGGGCCACAUGGAGAUUGCUGGGCUGGAGCCUGGAAAAGAUUUCAAGCUCUACCCUGGCGGCGGUCGGCCUUGGGAUUGGGGCGAGACGGGCAUGCGACACAAGCCGGGGAUUUGCGUUGUUGACGUCGAAGAGCUUUUGCAGAAAGGCGCUACCACUAUCGUCUUGUCACAGGGCAUGGAUUUGAAGCUCCAGAUUGACCCUGCGACCCUGAGCUAUCUCGAAGGGAAGGGUGUGACUGUUCAUGUAGCGGAAACGCGCAAGGCGGUUGAAAUUUACAAUUCGCUGGCUAAGACAACGGCGAUUGGCGGAUUGUUUCAUUCCACCUGCUGA